CGCUCGGCGUUAUUCUACGAACCACAGUUGAGUGCGGCUUUUCUAUUUGAAACAGUUAACUAUGUUGAAGACUACCAUUGUCCUUUUAAUAAUAUGUCGCGAAAUUUUGGGAUUGACAAGCAAAAACGAAGAUGACGUCAGUGAGUUUGGCCCAACCAAACAUUUAAACAGUUUACUAUUGAAGCCAGCUAUUCGUUAUUUUGAUAAGAGUGAAAUUAAUGAAAUAUCUAAUGAUUAUGUGUACAAAGUAUCGUCACCAAGUGAUAUAGAUGAAGCUGAAAAUAAUAAUGAAAACUUUAUGAUAAAGGCUAAACCAAAACCUAUUGACAUUGGUCCGUAUAAUUUGAUCCAGCGCCUAGAUGAAAUGAAGUACAUGGUAUUAUGGCUGAAUUUGUACUGCGGCAUGCAUCCGGAUUGUGACAAAAAGAAGCUAAAUGAAGAACUACAGAGGAUGGUGUCGAGUGUCGGUAUACAAAAUAGUUAAGGAAAUACACGAUAUUAAAAACAAUCGUCUUGAGCAAUAGCAGUAAAAAAUAUUAAAAGGCCCCUUAUCUAGUAAAGAGUAAUGAUUCCACUAACGCGCUAUCAUCAAAGUUCAAAAGGGUAGAAGCUAUCAGUUUGCUCAAUAUUUCAAGAUUAUACAGUCGCAUAUUCAGUUUGGAGAAAGAUAUACAUAAAGUGAAACAGCUAUCAGAUUUUAAAAUGAAGCUCGUCCCAGUAGUUUUAUUAUGUGUAUUUUUAAUAAGUGAAUACAACACAGCUGAUGGAAAAAUCGUAAAUAAUAUAUUUGAAAAGGUACACAAUACUGCUGAAAAGGUGAAGGAAGAUGUUCAUAACUUAUUUCAGCCAUUAAGGAAUCGUUUACACCACAACAAAAAUGAUGAUGCAGGAAAAAUUACGUUUGAAGAAGAAACGAGUGCUGAAAAGGAAAAGGAAAAACACACAGUUGAAACUACAAGUUUGAAACCAACGACAACUACUGAAGGCAAAGCAGUUAGUACUUCUUCAGAGUCGACUGUAAGUAGGAUGGUGUUUCCAACAGAAGAACCGCUGGCUACUACCACUAAGAGUAGUAACGGCACCGACAAAGAUGGAAAGGAAAAUUUCAGUGGAGGUUGUCUAGCUGGGUACCAACGCACCUCUGAUGGGAGAUGUAUGCCUACAUUUUGACUAAAACCAAUUUAAAAGUCUUAAACACAUCUUGUAUGAAAUCAUUUAAUAAAUCACUUGUAAAUUGA